UCCUCCUCCCUUAUGCUGCCGCGGGCCCUGCUGCCCGGCCUGCGCCCAGGCCUCCUGCCCGCUGCCGCCGCCGCCGCAGCCAUGAGCAGCGCCACGGGCACCUUCAGCCUGCAGCAGCCCCUCAACUACCGCGCGGGGGCCCGCGUGCAGCCCGCCGACGGCGGCCACAGCGAGGAGGUGCACGAGCCGGCCACAGGUCGUGUGAUAGGUAAGUUUCUCUGCUCUGGAGAGAAGGAGAUAGAUUUGGCUGUGCAGAGCGCAAAAGCUGCCUUUAAAAUAUGGAGUCAGAAAUCAGGCAUGGAACGGAGCAGAGUACUGCUGGAGGCGGCCAGGAUUAUCCGGGAACAGAGGGAUGAAAUUGCCAAGAUGGAGACCAUCAACAAUGGGAAAUCCAUCUUUGAAGCCAGAGUGGAUGUUGAUAUAUCUUGGCAGUCCCUGGAGUAUUAUGCGGGGCUAGCAGGGUCUCUAGCAGGUCAGCACAUCCAGCUUCCUGGAGGGUGCUUUGCUUACACUAGAAGAGAGCCACUUGGGGUAUGCGUUGGGAUCGGAGCCUGGAACUACCCCUUUCAGAUUGCCUGUUGGAAGUCUGCUCCAGCCUUGGCAUGCGGUAAUGCCAUGAUCUACAAGCCCUCUCCCCUCACCCCUAUAUCAGCAGUGAUGUUGGCAGAGAUCUUCAGCAAAGCUGGCGUGCCCAAAGGGUUGUUCAAUGUGGUGCAAGGUGGAGCUGCCACCGGCCAGUUUCUUUGCCAUCACCCAGAUGUGGCCAAGGUUUCUUUCACUGGGAGUGUGCCAACAGGCAUCAAGAUCAUGGAGAUGUCAGCCAAAGGAGUCAAACCAGUCACACUGGAGCUGGGGGGCAAAUCCCCCCUCAUCAUCUUCUCUGAUUGUGUCUUGGAGAAUGCUGUGAAAGGAGCUCUGAUGGCCAAUUUCCUCACUCAGGGGGAGGUUUGCUGCAAUGGCACUCGAGUGUUUGUGCAGAGGGAGAUCCUGGACACUUUCACAAAGGAAGUGGUGAAACGCACACAGAAGAUUAAAAUUGGAGACCCGCUUCUGGAGGACACAAGGAUGGGGGCUCUCAUUAGCCAGCCCCACUUGGAGCGAGUCCAGGGAUUCAUUAAGCAGGCGAAGGAGCAGGGGGCAAAAGUGCUAUGCGGUGGCAAUCUGUAUGUUCCAGAUGAUCCCAAACUGAAGAAUGGAUACUACAUGCAACCCUGUGUUCUAGGGAACUGCAGAGAUGACAUGACCUGUGUGAAAGAGGAGAUCUUUGGACCUGUAAUGUCUAUCCUACCAUUUGACACUGAGGAGGAAGCUGUAGAGAGAGCCAAUAACACCCCAUUUGGGCUCGCAGGUGGUGUCUUCACCAGGGAUAUUCAGCGGGCUCACAGGGUGGUAGCUGCUCUCCAGGCUGGUAUGUGCUUCAUUAAUAACUACAACAUCAGCCCAGUGGAGCUGCCAUUUGGAGGAUACAAGAUGUCAGGGUUUGGCAGAGAGAAUGGCAAAGCAGCAAUGGAGUAUUACUCGCAGCUGAAAACUGUCUGUGUGGAGAUGGGGGAUGUGGAGUCUGUAUUCUAAUGGCCUCAGGCCUUGCUGGGAUGCAGCCGACCCUUCUCAUCUGUCAGCCAGAGACCUGCAGUAAUUUUUACAUAGUAGUAAUAAAAAUGCCCUGAAUAUCAAGUAAUAAGUGCCAAGGGGGGGGGGGGGGAGUGGGGAAAUAUGUUGCAGUCCCACAAGCAAUGGGGACUUAGGCUUCUGGGUAUGUCACUCUUCACUGUCUGCAGGGGAGACUGACACAUACAAUGUCACAUGAUUCAAUACCAGCUCAUAUUGAAGCAUUCAUACUACACAAAAGGGCUAUAACCAUAAGAGUUCCUGAUUGAGUACUGGAAUGGGCCUGGGCCCUUUUCUGUAUGGUGUGGCUGAGGUGAGAGAAGACAGUGUCUGCUACACCCCAAACUCGUUCUCUUCUGUUUGGGCUCACUUUAAAAAAGUGUUACUGCAAUUAAUGCACACAGACAUUUAAUGGUAGAAGAAUUGUCCCAGGAGCAGUAGAUACAGAGUGGGCUGUAAGUUCUACUUCUAUUUCCUGUAUUAAGCUCUCUUAGCUUGACAAGGCUAGAGGCUUCACACCAGGUUUUGAACCUAAGCUGGCUGUUGCUAUGUGCAUUGGUCACUUGAAGAGGACUGACACCAUCCAGCACAUGUGUAGUAAGGGUAGUGUUUAAUGAUGCCAAGCAGCUAUGAGAUGCUGCUACAUCACCUCCAUCAGAAUGAAUAUUGGUGCCGAGUUGUUUGACACCCCCAUGUUCCCCUCCCUUCCCCGUCUGCUCAAGUAGCUUGCUUAUUGCUGUUUAUAUACUUUUAGAAAUCACUGUAAAACAAGUGUCUAACUCCUUAUUGAGGAAGCAAGUAAAAUUUCAGACACAG